AUGAAAAAGGUGAAACAUGACAUUAACAAUGGGACGGAGGGAGUAUAUCUUAAUCAUGUCUGUCACCUUUGCCAUCAUAGUGGAAGAACGGGUGAGAAGGUGAUUCUCUUGGACUUCUUGACUACCAGUUUCGCUACCAGAGUCAGAAUUGCUCUAGCAGAGAAAGAAGUCAAGUAUGAAUCCACGGCAGAAGAUCUAAUGAAUUUACAGAAAAGUCCGUUGUUGUUAAAGAUGAAUCCCAUAUACAAGAAAAUUCCAGUUUUGAUCCACAAUGAUCCUUAUGACAGAGCUCAAGCUAGGUUCUGGGCUGAUUUCAUUGACAAAAAGCUAGACGGUUUUGCUCGUAAAAUAUGGUCGACAAAAGGAGAAGAGCAGCAGGCAGCAAAGAUUGGCUUCAUAAAUUGCCUAAAGCCGCUGGAGGAAGGAGCAUUAGGAGACAAGCCUUAUUUAGGAGGUGACAAUUUUGGGUCUCUUGAUGUGGCUCUUCUUGGAAACUAUAACUGGUUCUAUACCUAUGAGAAAUUUGGUAAAUUCAGUAUAGAAGCUGAUUGCCCCAAGCUCAUAGCUUGGGGAAAGAGGUGUAUGGAAAGGGACAGUGUUUCCAAGUCUCUUGCUGACCCCAUAAAGGUCUAUGAAUCUGUGUUGCUGUGGCAAAAGAUUCGUGGACAGGAGUAACAUGGAGAAGCUAGCUUAAUUACGUUGUUAUGGGGAUUUAUGUCGGACUAUAUUUCAUGAUCCAUUUGAAACUAGAGUAGAUAGAUAGAUAGAUUUGGAGGAUAAUACCUCGUUAAGUGUGAUUAUUUGGAGAAUUUUGUGUAUUUACAGUUUGCAUUACAAGUGGAUUAGGAUGUAAU